CAAGAUGGGGGCAUCGUUGUCACGUUUUGGACGAUUGAUUAAAAAACCUUUACAAACACAGGGAAGUGUCGAUAAAUUAUUAGAAUCCAAGCCUAUUACUGCACCAAAACACGCUUCUUCUCUUGACGCAAUUGAAAGACUUCGUUCAGAAACUGCUGAGGAAUUCAAGAAGAGAGACAGCAAAGAUGACAGUUUCCUGAAUAUGAUGAAAGAUAUAAAAAUAGAAUCUACAGAUAUUAACAUUGAAAAG